AUGUCAACUUUUACCUACGCCUCCCAGCCCCAGACGUCGCCCGACCUCUCCACGACGUUGCCAGACACCCCAGACCCUCCAGACGACGACCCAGAUACCCCUGGCGGCAAGAAGAAAAAAGUUGCCAAGAGACGAAAAGUGAACCAUGCCUGUCUCUACUGCAGACGAAGCCAUAUGACGUGCGACGAGGGACGCCCGUGUCAGCGAUGUAUAAAGCGCGAGAUUGGCCACCUUUGUCACGAUGAACGACGGUCGAAAGCUGGCGACAAAGCGGUGACGACGCCACCCACGACGAACAGCCUGGCGACGAGCUGUCUCGCGCGCUCACCGUGUGCAGCAACAGUGUACCAAGCACCAGCACCAGCACCUCCAAAUCCUGCCUGGCCUAUGUCCGUCGGCCAGUCAACGCCAUUCAUUUACCGCCCGGAGACAUUGGGUAACGAGUUUUCUGUCCUAACGGACUUUCUUGAAACCCUCGACGAGAGCUCCUUUUUUACGCCUCCGCCUGCCGCGCCCAUUCUCCAAUCACCAUUUCCUCAAUCACAGUCACAACCGCCCAUGACGAAUGCACCAGGUGGAACCUCGUCGACAACGACAGAUGUCUUGCCGGCAGCAACAAAGACCGAGCGUUUCUUGCUCACCGCAGCGGACCAAGAGUCGGGCUCACGCGAUGAACGACUGAAUAGAGUCAUCAGGAGUAAAUACGAGGCGGGACUACUGAAGCCGUACAACUAUGUGAAGGGCUAUGCGAGACUCUCAAGAUGGAUGGACAGAAACGUCUCACAAGAAAGCAAGCAACAAAUAUUACAACCUCUUUCAGUGUUGCGGCCCAAGUUCCGCGCCGUAGCUCAGUCUCUUCGUGACAUUGACCUCGUGUUUAUUGAGGAAGCUUUCGAACGUUUACUCCUCGACUAUGACCGAGUAUUUUCCGCCAUGGGGGUCCCCGCCUGUUUAUGGCGCCGAACUGGGGAGAUAUACAAGGGUAAUCGCGAAUUCAGCGAGCUCGUGGGAGUAGAUGGGUACAUGAUGCGGGAUGGCCGAUUAUGCAUAUACGAAUUAAUGGCAGAGGAGAGUGCGAAAUAUGGUCACGUCGCCUUCGACUCGUCUCAAAAGGCUGUUCUGACGUCUUGCGUACUUCGUUACAAGCCCAAUCUUAACAGUACCGCUCCUAAUCCCAAUUCCAAUUCUGCGGCCACGAAUGGGUCGUCGAACGGGAUCGGAAAUGGUAUCGGAAACGGGAUGAAGAAGGAAGAAGAGAUCGGGCGGAGUGAAGAGGGCCUUGUGAAUUGUUGUUUUUCGUUCACGAUUCGGAGAGACAAGUGGGGAAUUCCCAGUAUGAUUGUGGGAAAUUUUAUUAAAUGCUAA